UUUAUGCAUGAAACAACACAAAGAAUUAAAUAGAAAAAUGAGAACAAUAUUGAAUUUUCAUAAAGUAUAAGAUGAAAUCAUAUUGGAAGAUUCUCAAUGGGAUUGAGGUCUGGCGAAUACGCCAGCCAAUCCUUACGUGCGAUUCCCUCACUCUCAAGGUAGUUAUCGACGAGGGCAGCUCUAUGGUGUCGUGCGUUAUCAUCCAUUAAAAUGAAAGCAGGAUCAACUGCUGCAGCAUACAAUUUCACAAUGGGUUUGAGGACUUCAUCCCAAUACCAGACAGCCGUCACAGAACCCCCUCGAUAGAUGUGCAGGUCGGUGCGAUAUCCCAACGAAAUGCCUGCCCACACCAUAAUGCUUCCACCUCGGAAUGCAUGAUGCUCGAUGAUGUUCUGGGGUCAAUUGUGUGUGCCUUUUUCUUUCCAUGCUCUUACACAUUUGUCAUCUGGCUCUAGGGAAAAUCGCGACUCAUCCGUGAACAUAACAUUGCCCCAAUCAUACAUAGUGCAAUUCACAUGUUGUUGACACCACUUUAAUCGUGUGCCUCUGGAUUGGACGGAUAGUGGAACACAAACUCGUGGUACCCAGGCGUACAGUCCAUUCGUGUGUAGUCUUCGGCGCACAGUAGUAGUAGAUAUCAUUUUACCAAUGGCUGCUGCAACUAUCGAUGUCACACAUGUAGAGAUUGCUCUUUGAUUCUGCUUGGCUACAACAGCAAUAUAGCGAUCUUCUGCAGGGGUCGUAACUCUUGGGUGACUGGCCACAGGUCUUCAGACGAUUGUUUGGCUUGUUUGGAAUUGUUUCCAUAACCAUGAAAUGACAAAUGAUGAACGCCAAAGAAAAGAGCAACAUCUGUGAUUGAUUGUCCUGCUUCAAGGUGUCCCACACACCGUCAGCACUCAUUGUCUGUCAUUCGUCUUCUGGAAGUCAUAGAAACACGUCAGUCAUGCACACUAAUUGUACAACAGUUCUCCACACUUUUUCCUGGCACUUACAUGCAACUCCUCUCACACUUCAGAAGGCUGGCUUCUUAUACGACUGCCUGUUUUGCAUAUUUCGCGACACAUAACCAUGAUUGAUAGUAAUGUAACAUAUUUGCAUACUUCCACCUACCUCUGCAGUGAAUUGCAGCCUCUCAAAUGCAGAUUGCUUUCUGGACAUUUUUAGCUCCAUGCUUAACUUUUGGCAGUGAGUGUAGUAUAAUAUGUAUGAAAUAUAUAUUAAUUUAUUUUCUAAUUAAACAAUAUUUAAAAUAAAUUUUUUAUUUUAAAUUGUUAUUUAGAUUGGAUAUGGAAUCCCAGACAACCAGAUCCUAUUUAUCUUGAUAUUUUAAAAAUGUUCCAAGAUAAAAAAGAUUGUCCUUAUUCAAUUCAUCAAAUAGCACAAAUGGGUGUGUCUGAAGGAAAGGGAAUUGGUCAGUGGUUUGGUCCUAAUACAAUAGCUCAAGUUUUAAGGAAACUUGCUACAUAUGAUGAAUGGAGUCAUUUAGUUGUACAUGUGGCUCUAGAUAAUGCUGUAAUUACUGAUGACUUAAAAACAUUAUGUAAGGUAAAUCAAGAAAGUGAGUGUAAAAAGUAUGAAGCAAAUGAGAGUACUUCAAUGCAAAUUUCAAAUAGUUGUUCUUUAGAUGUCAAUAGAAGUUCUGAUCCAAAUUGGAAGCCAUUACUUCUAUUUAUACCUUUGAGAUUAGGAUUAUCUGAAAUUAAUCCUGUCUACUUGAAAGCUCUUAAAAUAACAUUUUGCCUAAAACAGUCUUUAGGAAUUAUUGGUGGAAAGCCAAAUCAUGCUUUAUAUUUUAUUGGAGUUGUAGGUAAUGAAGUAGUAUAUUUAGAUCCUCAUACUACACAGCAAGCAAUAGAUACUUCCUUAGAAAUACCUAAUGACAGUAGUUAUCAUUGUCCAUAUGGCAAUAGUCGAAGAAUGAAUUUGAAUCAAAUGGAUCCAUCGGUGGCAUUGUGUUUUUAUUUUCAAACUGAAGAAGAAUUUGAUAGCUGGUGUGUUCAAGUGCAUAAGGUAGGAUGGAAAAAACAAUUUUUAAUUGCUGCAGAGACUCAGCCUUUGUUUGAACUUAGCAAAGAAAGACCGCUCCAUUGGCCACCUCUUCAAGUAGCUGAUGAUAAACAAGCAGAUAGCAGUCUAGAAUUUACAUUUGUAGAAGAGAGAGCAUUUGAAGCAUCUGAUGAUGAAUUUGAAAUUUUAUAAAAUAUUAUAUGUAAAUUUUUAAAAUUACCAUGUACAGUACAUGCCUGUAUCUAUAUAUAUAUUUGAAUUUGUUUUAAAACUCUUAUAUUGUAAAAGUUGUAUAAAA